AAUCAAUCAAUUCGGACAUAUCGGACGCCUGUUGAAGGCGUUAAAAAAUUUCCAAGUUAUUCACUGGCAUAACGAUGUUUUCCCGAGCCACAAAAUUAAUCGUGAGGUCCCUCGGGCCACGACAGUUCUACAUUGGUAAACAGAACUUCAAGAAUUUUUUUAUUGGCGGUGCUGGAGAAAUUGGUCGGACACAGUCGCAAUUAUUAAGAAACAGCAUGAAAUUGAACACACUCGCGCUGUAUGAUGUGACGACUACCAAUAAACCAUUGCCUAAUCGCAGUAGGAUACGCGAUUAUUGCGACAAUCAACCACUCACACAUAUCCGUGAAACCAAAGAACUUGUGGAAGAAACCAAGGAACUUGUGGAAGCUCUUUAUCGUUUACCAAUAGCCGAGGGAGUUCCAACAUUAAAUCAUUCGUUGAUGUCUAAUGAAAUAAUAUCAAAGUUACGACCGAAAGCGGAAAGUCCUGGUAGCGGGUUUCGAGAACGCGGAACGAUCGGUGAAGCUGUUGAUCGAGCGAAGUACAGUCAAGUGGAUGCACUGCCAAAGAGUCUACCAAAAACAUCUGUCGGAAUAAUGGGGGAGUGUCUCAAGUCAGAAAUGGGAUAUAGCACGAAGCCUGCUUUUGGGGUCGGAGAACUAAUCCGGAACAAGCCAGAAAAUUCUUUGACAUCUAGCCAAAAAAGAUUGAUUCGCACGAGAAAUGUCAUUCUCUUCGAGAACAAGCAUAUGAGAGACACACCUCUAACAAAUAAAGAAUCCGGUCAAACUGGCGAACUAACCAGGCGUUUUCCGGGUGAUUCGGUUGCGGUAGGUUACAAACGACUACCGGUUACUUUGAAAGAAAUACCGGCAAAAACGUUCUCUCAUUCAUCACCUCUGAGAAUGUUCCCAUUUACUGAAGAAUACAUUUCAUCAUUAUCACACCAUCAUGAAUCAGCAGAUUUUAAAUGUCCUGUUGAGACACCUAUUAAAAGACUAUUACGUGAACCUCUUUUAUAUUCCACAUUUACUAUACAAUACAGACCGAACAGAUUACACCCGAAGUACAAAGGUCUCAAGUCCAAAUCUUCUUCGUGGCUUCCAUAUGUACCAUGUAUUUCUUCACAGCCAUAUACUGAAGUUAGACGACAGACGAAACCGAAGCGCACACAAGAUACAUAUGGAAUCUCGCACAAAGCACGGACACACGGAUUAUGCAAAGUGUUCGCUUACCGCGGUCUUCGUCACCCUACGCCACUGCGUAGAGCUCAUUUGCGAAGAUUUCACAACACCACCGUGCCGCACAACAAGUCAAAUUCUGGCAAACCGAUCGACUGCCAGAAAAUAAACGAUAUCUGCGAGAUGGCGAAAGACAAUGUCUGCGGCAAGCCAUGCGAGAAGAAGGACCCUUGUCUUCGGGAGAAGGUCAAGUGCGAGAAACCGGAGCAGAAGAAGGAAGCGCCGAAGAAGGAACCGGAGAAACCGUUAUGCAGAGAUACCUGCCUACCGAGGGGAAAAUGCGAAAUUCCCAAUAUCGACCCGCCGCCGAAGAUGACGUACGAGAAGGUGACGUGUCCGCCGUCGAAAUUCGCGAAGCUCGCGUCGUGCCCGCCGUUUCAGGAGGACAUCAAGAAGGAGGACAUCGAGCCACGCACGGGAAUCAAUUCGAUCAACAAGAAGAAGAAGAAGAAAGCUUGCCCGCCUCCACCAUUGCCAAAGCCACCGGGCGUACCGAUCCUCCUGUGUCCUUGUCCACCACCGCCUAAAAUACACCCCGGAGCGUGCCCGUGUUACGAGCACAGGAGUGAGAUCAAGCAGCUCAUGUUGCCGCCGUGUUCCCCGAAAAAGCCGUACUCCUGUCCCACGGGGGUGCACUACUGUCCCCUGAAGAAGUGCGAAAAGCUGCAGGCUUGCGAGAAGGAUCAGCCGAGUACACGAAAACCCUAAAAGUUUGUCGCGCAAGUGACACGCGAUAUGCGUGCAACGAUUUUGCGAACACUUAGCGAGGCAUCCACUUGGAUUGUGUCUUCGUGCGCGUUAGAUAUAGUAUCUUUUCUAUUAUCUCUUCUCUAGUCAGAAAUAAAAGUCGACACGAAGGUAGGAAUAAGUGCGCGAAGGGGAAUGGUUUCUGCGAGAUCUAUGAAAUUAGAGGUUCGGUCUCCUGGAUCGAUAAUUGUCAAUAAUUUGAGGCCGACUCGUUCACUAUCCGUCAGCUCUGUGCGAUCAAUUGGGUUGCCAAUUUUUUCGUCCGACAUUCUCGCGUCGUCCAUCUGAACCACUUUUUGAAAAAAAGGGACGAGAGAGAAGGAGGAAACGCACCGUUCGUCGCGAGAGUUUAAGUGCAAGGUGAACAAACCGGCUGCCGAUGCAUGUUGCUUGUCGCGUGACUGACGGGUUAUUUAUUCGGAAAUUAUAUACCGCUGAUGGAUUUACGCGCGCGCGUUGAAAGCCGUGUGCAGAAACGUGUGCGUUAAAGAUCACACGUGUCAGAGUUACACCGUUAAUCGAUAAAUUUGGUCGAAGUUUCAGUGAAAAUAGUAUUUCUUUAAAUAUCUCCUCUUUAGAAGUUUCGAAUAUGGACUUAGUUGGUCAUGCGGCAUCCAGCCUGCAUUUUAUUUAAUUAAUUUAAGAAAAAACUCAAGUUUAAAUUUGAAUAGAUCUCGCAGACAAUUGUACGAAAUAAAAACCUUCCUCUGUUUUUUUCGCGCGCAUUUCUUAGACCAGAUUUUUGCAUUGGAGUUUAGCAGAAAAAUAGACAAAAUUAACACGAUUAAUCGCAACAGAUGAUUAAAGAAUUUCAGAUUUGGAGAAUGCGCUCGGGUAUCACAUUUGUGAGCUUCUUCUAAUGACCACGCAAAAAUCACCGUUGCUCAUUAAAAAAUGUCUAUUUAGCAACUUUGGAAAUUCAAAGAAGCUUGCACAGAUCUGUAUCAUAGUUUGCGUGCUACGAAUCAAAUAUCGUCAAACAUUGUCAAACCGAUCUCACUCCCAUCAAUAUCGUCUAAAUAAAAUUUUGUUCGUCAA